AUGGACGCCGACCCACCUGCAGCCUUGCUCCCCGCCGACUCGCCCUUCGACAGCGGGCCAGCUUCCUACCCUGCAUUCGACUCGACUAAUUCGAUGUCCUACGGCGCACCACGAUCCCGAGCCUGCUCGACCGCAUCGAGCGUCAACUCGUUCGCCUCGUCUGCCUUCUCGACCUGGACGCCGCAGGACUCGCCCAACACGAGCGCGCACGGUCGGCCGUCGCUCGAGGGGACGCUCGCGACAAAGUUAGUGCCGAGCUGUACGGGAGAAGGGUUCGUCGUCGACGCGGGACUUGCGGGGAGGGUUGAGGUCGGAUGGCAGGAGCUCGUCGAUCUCCUUCUCGACCCAAACACGACGUCGACCCUACACCCCGAACACAUCGUCGCCCAGACCGCCGCCUAUCUGCGAGCCCGCCUCGCUUCAGCUCCUGGCCUCCAAGCGGCUCCACGUCCCUCGACGGCUAUUACCAGCCUCGGCGAUGGCCUCCACGAGUUCUCCUUCGCCCCUCCGCCCGACCCGCCUCAUCCCUAUGUCCAGCCUGCGCUCGUCUCGGGCUUGACGACCGAGCCGGCGAGCUACGAUCUUGCGCAGACGGCGCCGACAGCGGGUCUGUUCGGCCAGCAGCACGAGGGGUUCAACCAGCCCGGCGGGAGAGCGAGCGUCUCGACGACACCUUACGGCAGUCCCGCUCUUCCGCUGCCUACUCCCCCCGCGCAAUUCUGCGCUCCAUCAGACUACGUCUCCUACACUCCUUCAUCCUACCAGCGCCCUCUCUCGCUGCACCGCACCCUCUCGACCUCCUCCCGCCCCUCCUCCCUGCGCUCUCUCAGCCCCACCCGCGCCCCCUCCUUCCGCUCAACCUCCGAGCGAGACUCGUUCUCCGCCCGUCGACGCUCUCACAACCUCCGCCAAACUUCGUCGCCUUACCCACACCAGCGUCCGCCGCCGAGGGAGUUGCAGACGGCUCAUUUGUCCGCUUCGUCCCUCCACGAGUUCGCGGGCCACGUGCGACCGAGAAGCGUGAGGAGGGAUUCGGAGGUGCGGUCCGAGGGUGAGUCGGAGUAUGCGGAUGGGGACGGGGACGACGAUUACCUCGACUUUGAGGAAGAACCCGGGACGGCUAUCCCGCCCGAGUUGCGCAAGAAGGGCAAGGGGAGACGCGCGUUGAGGCCGCUCAAUAGGGAGACGGAGACGUAUGUCUGGAGCGUCGAGAGGGCGCAGUUGAGUCGCGUCUUGCCCGGCGAGGAGGUCGUGGAGGGAGAGGUGAUCGUCUUUCCCGCUGGGAGCUACUGCAAAGUCACAGUCGACGACCUCGACGUCCUCCCCUCCGACACCAAGCACCGAGUCAACGAAUGGCUCCGUGGCCAAACCUGCGUCGAAGGGUGCACCUUCCGCUUCGAAGGCAAGCGACCGAGUGUGAUUCGUCAACAUGUGACGGGGUGUAAAGCCCGUGCGCAGGUGUUGAGAGUCGAUCCGUUGAAGAGGUUGUGUCAGGUGCAGCUGGAUGCGCAGACUGUCGAGUCGAGAAUCCGCGCAAACGCCCGCCUCGCAGGACUGCCGAAACCUCCUCUCGACUCGGACGACUCGGCGGACCAGCGAAGCUUGCGGAGCAUCGAUAGCCGCGUCUCGUCGCUGUCGGCGUCGUCGGCGCGGUCGAGCUAUGCGGGAGGAGGGGAGGGGAUGAGCGGGAUGAGAGUGCAGCAGGAGUCCUGGUUCGACCCGUACGCCUCACCCUCAACCUCUAUCUCGACAGGUGCGCCUCCCACCGCAACCCAACCCACGUUCCCGCCUCUCCAGCACCCGCAACCCCAGCCGCAGCACGCCGAGUCGAUGGCGAUGUCGGCUUCGUUCCUCAGCUUUGACGACUAG